AUGGAAAUUAGAAGGCGUGCAGGUCCAUCAUUUCUCACAUACUGGAUAUUCUUAUUACAAAUGUUAGGGAGUGCUCGUCGUGGUGCAGAAGGACACGGCCGUCUAAUGGACCCGCCAGCGCGAAACUCUAUGUGGAGGUUCGGUUUCCCUAACCCCGUUAACUACAAUGACAAUGAACUGUUCUGCGGAGGAUAUGCCGUCCAGUGGGAACAGAACUCAGGACGGUGUGGUGUGUGUGGUGACGCGGAUCACCUCAACGAACCCCGGCCCCACGAGGCUGGCGGUAUGUACGGCAAGGGUAUCAUCACCAGACACUACAGCGUGGGACAGGAAAUAGACAUAGAAGUUGAAUUAACGGCGAAUCAUCUUGGUACGUUUAUCCUAAAGCUCUGCCCGAACAAUAACCCUAAACAAGAAGCUACUCAAGAGUGUUUUGACAGGUAUCCACUUUACAUAUCAGGUACUCGUGAGGAAAGGUUUAUGAUACCCUUGGACACAGCUAAGAAGGACACCUUCAGGUACAGGGUUCGGUUACCGCCGUAUGUUACCUGUACGCAGUGCGUCUUACAAUGGACUUACUAUACAGGUAACAUGUGGGGAAUAUGCCCCAACGGCACGGAGGCGGUCGGCUGCGGUCGCUCGGAGACGUUCCGGAACUGCGCGGACGUGAGCGUGGUGACGAGCACCGGCGGCCUCCCGCCCGCCUUCGCCGGCGACCUGCGCCGCGACUACCCCUUCCUGCUCUACUACCGCGACUACCGCAUGCCGCAGAACCUCUACCCGCUCGUCGUCAGCAACAGUUUAAAAGAUAUUGGGAGAGAGGCGGAUUUAGGUCCGCUCGUCAUUAGGGACCAAGUCUGUGUGCCAACUCAAGCCUACCGCGUUUUACCUGGAAUGUUAAGCUGGUGUCAGACCAACUGUCUGCGGUACCCUCCGAAUUGUCCAGAGAAUCUUUGUAAUUGCCCACAAGUGUGCGAGGCGGUCGGCGAGCUGGAAGGUCGGGAGGGCGCCGACGUGUACUGCAUGGACCAGUGCAUCGUGUACCCGCCGCGCUGCCCGGCCCGCAGGUGUCGCUGCUACUAGCGCGCCGCCAUCUUCACUUCAGACUGCGCGUUUCUUUAUAAUCAGAAAAUUUUGGGAGUCAAUCUGUUUUACAAUCGGAA